AUGCACGGCCGACGGCGCUCGUGGACAUGCUUGGUAGCACUGGCCCUUUGUGCCUUGGGAGUGGGUCGUUCUUUCGCUGGUGGCGGCAUGCCGAGCAGGCCGUUGCGGAUAGCAAGGACCUGCUUGGAGCAGGGGCCACCGCGGGAUAGUCGCGACGAGCUCGGGGACCAAAAAGUGGCUUUUGGAAAGCACAAAGGGAAGAGCUUCCGUGAAGUUGCUCGAAUACAUCCCUACGUACGCUGGUGCAAGGAGAAACUCUCCAGAGAGAACAAACUUUACAGAGACUUUCUGGACUAUGUCGCGCGAGAGCCGUCCGCUUCUGUCCGAUCGUCACAGAAGGCGCAGCCUCGAAGUGUGGAAGCUCCUCCUGCCUCGGUCACACCCCCGAGGAGGAGGACUGCCUCUCUCCAGAGCCCAUCACAGGAGGCCCGGCUCCAGAGCAGGGCAGCUCCUGGUGCCCCUGCGACGUCGGGGAGACGCCAAUCAGCGAGGAGGCCCAGCCCCUCUGUCCGCCUGGCAGCCAAAAAGGCGCCUCAGGCGCCCCUGAAGGUCAAAGGACCAAACUCAGAUAUCUUCGAGUUACCCAGAGGCCUCCUCGAAGGCUACCAGCUCUGGUCAUGCAGCGGCAAGGCUGAACCGUCUGAGGAAAAGAAAACACCCUGGGCCUACGGCUACAACGACGGAUGGACUUACGUUGGACGUGUCCGGCUUGGACGGAAACUCGUGGUGAACCUGAAGGACCCGUCAGCUUCUCGACGCGGUGGCGACUGCGAGACGAUUGCUGAAUCCGACCUGACUGAGAACGAGUAUGCGAGAUUCCUGUGCGCUUUGUUGGAGCUGGAGGGGAGAAAAGACAUGGCCACAGCUCGCAAGGUCAACCACCAGGGAGCACGCUUCGAGGCACUACCGAAGUACCACUUUCGUGGCAUCGUCCCGUUUGGCGGGAAGGCGCAUAUCGCAGCAUCGCUCGAUCAGGAGCUCUAUGCCCCGGAGGAGAGGAAUCUGGGUGGUCAGGGGCGAAAAGCCAUGGCUUCCUUGGUUGGUCUCAAGGUGCGUCCUCUUGGGCCCGCACAGCAAUGGUUCACUGGCUUGGUGAUCUGUGAGCCGAAAGACAGAAACAACAUCACUCUGACUCCGAGCAUUCAGCAGAACCUCCUGCAGAUGACGAAAACACCGAAGGUGUAUGAUGCAACGGCCAAGGCUCUUGUGGACGAGCUCCUUCUCACAGUCUCCAAGAAUUGCACCAAUGAGAGGGACUUGAAGAUGACUUUCGUCGCCAACGCAUUGAGGCCAAGCGUCACCGGGCAAGCGCAGGAGCAGAAGCUGAGAGGGCUGAAAGGCUGGGAGAGAUUCCAAGCCUUGCCACCCACCAAGAUUAUCCUGGAUGCGGAGACGCGUCAGCGCAUGAUCGCCGAAGAGGUCACUCGCCUAAGUGACAAGAUCUUCAAGUGGUCUCCCCUUCGUCCUCGUCGAGUGCAAGAUGAGACCUCUUUCCAGAAGCUGGAGCCGCCGAUGCUUGUCAUCGGCAACAAAAUGUCUAUCAGCGGUGCCGAGAGACCGUCCAAGGUGCUCUUCCAAUUAGACCGCGCCGGUGCGUUCAAAGUCAAGCCGAGCACACCUCUGCGACUGGGUGCUGCCACGUUUAGUGCCAACCCUUCACAGAAGACCUUCGUGGAGACGGUCUUAAGCAAGAUCAGCAGGCUAUUGGAGAAGUUCGGUGUAAGGGUCGCAGACACCUUGGCACCAAUCCACACAAGCGGCUCUCUGGAGAAGGACGUCCAAAGCGCUUUGAGGUCCGAAACCUUGACCCAUGCCGACGCAAUUCUCCUUUUCGGUGGGAAGAUGAAUGAUGCGGCUUACAAUCAAGCCAAGUACGAAUGCCUGCGCUCGCAGAACGAUGCUGGGAAACACGUGACGACCCAGUGGUUCGACCUGGGUAAGGGCAACGUGUGGGGCCCGAAGUCCAAGACGCUGGAGUGGGCAGAAAAGAUCUGCGCAGUGGGCAUCAUCGCCAAGCUCGGCCACGCCCCUUGGGCAAUCAAUGUUCGGCCUUGGUUCCGUGCCACACCCAAGGACAUUCGUGUGGGUGUGGUGGGCUACGAUGUGUGCCACCUCCGCAACCCCAAAGACUUCAAAAAGCCCAUAUCCAUUGCGGCAGCCAUCAGAGUGGACAGUGAAAAGGACGAGGACCCCUGGCUCCUGAGCCACAUCACCUUUCGCACAGAGCGCGUACAGGUGGAGACGGUGCCUAGCCAGAGUCUGAAGGACAUGAUCCCUGCUGACUUUGCGCGCGGCCGCCUGAUAAUCAUCCAUCGGGACGGCGAGUUUCCGAAGGCGGAGCUGGCAUCACUGCGGGCCUACCACGGGGAGCUGGCAGCCAGCGAGGGUGGAAGCCAGACCACUUUCGUGCUGGUGGAGUGCGUGAAGUGGGCCGGCGGAUCACCCAGACUCUACGAGGGCACCAAGUCCGCUCCUGCUGGCACGAUGGUGGCUUUGAGCGACAAGGAGGCACUCCUAGCCUCGAGCAAGGAUAUUUUCCAGGGCACUGCGAACCCCAUCAGUCUGCGACUUGCAGGUGUUCUUGGGGAUGUCGCGCACAGCCAGUUCGCGAUGGACAAGUUCGCUUGGGUGCAAUCCGUCUUUGACCUCAGUUACCUUCACCACGGUUCCGUACUGAAAAGGCCAAGGCUUCCCAUCACUACUCACUUUGCCGAUCGAUUGGCUUACAUGCUCUCUGCAUUGGGCAAGGAUGGUGGCGAGUGGGAGGGCGUCUUGGACAAAGAGGCCGAGAUGGUCAUGGCUUCCUUGAGGCAAAUCUUCCGCGAGGCAGACGAGGACGGCUCCGGCGAUCUGGACCACGGAGAGCUGCGCGCGGCCCUGGGAAAGUUCCGCGUGCGAGAUCGAUUGAAGUUGCUGCAGAUCCCCUACCCAGACCUUGAGAUGCUCUUCCUCCUUCUGGAUGAGGACAACAAGGGCGUCAUCAAGUGCGACUACUUCUUCCGUGGUGUCGCAAAACUGCGUGGCCUUGCCAAGGCCAAGGACCUGCAUCAGCUGUCCAUCGACCUCAACCGGCGCAUGCUGUGGGUGGAUGAAAACACUUCGAAGCUUUCAGAAGCGAACGACAUCUUGAUGGACAUGGUCGAUCACCUGGACGAGAUGGAUACACACAUUGUCAAAGGAGAGUCCGAUGGCAAAGAUCCUGUUGUCGCUGCCAGGCGUGGUAGAGAGCCAGUCUCCAAAGGGCGUAUCCUACGUGGUGUUUGGAAAGAUGGCCGGCCCAUGCGUCAAGGGUCUAAGAAUCCGUGGAUCGACUUCGAGGAGUUGCAGAAAGAUGCCAAGGAGACCCGGGGGCAUAUAUGA